GUUGCCUGCUCAGUCAGUACAAGUGAAAGGUUCUAAUGAAAAUUUACUUUGUGAAAUAAAUAUUUUUAUUGUUAUUGAAACUGUCAAAUGACGUGUUGUUAAAACUCUUAUAUCGUUUUAUUCAAUUUUCCUUUUAGUGUUUUUUUUUUUGUAUUACUCAAGAAAAUUAUUUAUAUAUUUUAAAGAUGGACCACAGUCAUCAUCAUAUGAUGUCAGAAAGUACAACAGCAGCGCCACCAAUGAUGGUUCACGACCAUAUGGAUCAUGAUUCACAUGCCCAUGCCCAUGUUGGCCUCCAUGAACAUCCUGGAAGUGGUGGAGAUGGUGAUGGAUGUUCUGGACAUAAUAUGAUGAUGUGGUUUCAUACUGGGUAUUGUGAAACUGUAUUAUUUGAAAGUUGGAAAAUUACAUCACAAGGUGGACUUAUUGGAUCAAUGAUUGGUAUAUUUUUUAUGGCAGCCUUAUAUGAAGGUCUUAAAUAUUACAGAGAAUAUUUAUUUUGGAAAACAUACAAUGCCUUACAAUAUCGUUCAGUAACAUUCCCAUCUGAUAAGAAAGCUGUUGCAGAUGACACAGUUAUUGCUCAACCAUCAAUGAUCAGUUGGAUCCAUGCAUUUCAAACGGUAUUACAUGUGGUACAAAUAGUGUUAUCGUAUUUCCUAAUGUUAAUCUUCAUGACUUACAAUAUAUGGUUAUGUGCAGCCGUUGUAAUAGGGGCAGCUGUUGGUUACUUCCUGUUUGGAUGGAAAAAAUCAGUCAUUGUUGAUGUUACAGAACAUUGUCAUUAACACUUAGCGCAACAAUAAUAUUAUCCAACAGAAAAACGAACUGAAUUUUUAUUAUAUAGACAAAAAGAUAUAUAACUUAUAUGAUUAAUAAAAUAUUAUUUUAUCGAUAAACUUUACAAGAAAUGACGCAUGCACAAACACUUAUACAUGGUUAUGAUAUCGGAUAAGAAAAACCUCCAUUCCAGUGGACAAUAUAUUGAUGACGAAGAAAUAAUGGGUGGUUUUGUUUGUUUUGUUUUUUGAGCUGAGUAUUAAAAGUAAUUUGUUGUCUUCAUGCAAAUCAAAAAGACACUUUGAUUUUUUUUAUACUUAUUUUUGUUGUAAACUACUUUGUGUAUUUGUAAUUUUUUCUUUUGUAUUAUACGUUAUUUUGUUCUUCUCUU